CCUUUAUAAUCCUCUUCCCCCACCUCUCUUCUCUUUCAGCUCCUCCUCUCUUCUUCCAUCCCCAUCUCUCUGUCUCUCGAACAACUUUCUUCGGUCUUCAUUCUCAUGAAUCUAUCAAUCUCUUGUUAGUUAAUAAUACAUGUAAAUCUCCUUCUUUUAUUGCUCUUGAUGCCUAACCCACCUUGAUUAUCCCCUCAUUACCCAUUUAAUCCAAUUAUCCUAUUCCGGCCGCCGCGAAUCGGAGAGCCACCGGUGAAGGGGGCUAUGAUGACGUCAUCUCUGGUCUCGGGUCCAGUAGUGAUAGGCAACAACGGUAGGCCAGACCGGUUGUCGUCGCGCGAGUCCAAGAGGAGGAAGAAGCGGAAAUCCCGGGCCCACUCCCAGGCCCAGUCCCGGGCCCACCCCCAGGCCCAGUGGAAGUCGGAGGCCCAGCAACGCUCCUACUCCGACAAGCUCCUCCAUGCCCUCGCCCGAGCCCGGCUUCGCGGCAACGCAGCCGUGAGGGAGGCCGCGGACAGAGCCCUCGCGGCCGCGGCCAAGGGGAAGACCCGGUGGAGCCGGGCCAUCCUGAUGAGUCGCCGGCUCAGGGUGAAGUUCCGGAAGAAGCAGAAUAAGAGGAGGCAGGGGGUAGCCAUAGCCGGGAGCGGCCGGUGGCCGAAGAAGUCGAGAGUGAGCGUCAUGGGACUGAAGCGACGGACCUCGUCGGCAGUACAACGCAAGGUGAAGUUCCUCGGCCAGUUAGUCCCCGGUUGCCGGAAAGAGCCAUUGCCCGUGAUCCUCGAGGAGGCGUCCGACUAUAUAGCGGCCCUCGAGAUGCAGGUCAGGGCCAUGACCACCCUCGCUCAGCUCCUCUCCGGCCCCGGCUCCUCCUCCGGCUCGCUGCAGCCGCCUCGGCAAUGACUGCCUCCUCUCCGGUCUAUCCCAUCCCACGUGUCACCCUCUCUCUCUCCCUCUCCCCAUCCCCUUCCAUUUUUGUUUAUCCGGUCCUUUAUUUCCUUGUAAAAUAUCCAUGGCCAGAUUAAUUUCUGUCUCUCAACAUUUUUCAUAUUUCUUUUCAUUUUUUUCCAAUUACUUUUAGAGGAAUAAGUUGAUGAAAUUAUCAGUGAUCAAUGGGCCUAUCGUUGCAAAUUGUAGUUAGUGGGGAUUAUCAUUGUCACAUGUGUUAAUUAAUCGGUGGUCCAUGGUCUCCAUUGUCCCAGUAACUUCUUAAACAGGUAUAUUAUUGUC